CCGAGCAACUGAAACUCCGAAAUACUUCCUACGAAAAAGUGGAACUGAGCAAUGAGUAAAAAAUAACACGUACAAUCGGGAAUAGGCCAUUACUCAUCAUGUCCACUCCUCCGAGAAAUGCAGAAAACUUCAUGAACACGACGGAGGAUAUGGACAUUAUUCAGAAGUCACUGGACAAACUUCUAAGUUUUUCUGCAGAGGAUAUGACAGAAACAGAAAUGCUGCGGUCCAGGAUAGAUGAACAGUCAAAUCUGAUCUGCAUACUGAAAGAGAGAGCAGAUGAGCUGCUUUUGCGAUGCCAAGCCCUGCAAAAAAUCAACACAGAGCUGGAGGACAGUUUAACAGACUGCCAGAAAGAACUGGGUGGCGAAAGAAAGAAAGCAGAGUUAUUAGAGAAGAGAUUUAUGGAUUUAGCUGCCAACAAUCAAGCCAUUAUUGCUUUCAUGGAAGAAUACAAAAGUCUGAAUGCCCAGUUAAAGGUGGAAAACAAACAGCUGCAGUCAGAAAAUGACACACUUUUCUCCCAAAAAUUACAAGAUAAAGAAGUGUUUGUGCAAAAACUGAUGCAAGAUAUCAAACUGCUGACAGAGAAUUACACAAAUAAUGAAAAUGAAUAUCGGGAGAAAUUAGCUGAAUACCAGUCAAAACUCCUGCAACAGGCAACUCAGCAUCAAGCCAAGGAGGCAUUGCUACUUGAUCAAUUACAUGAUGCUCAGCAACAGCAAAGAGAUGCUGUAGAUGCGUGCAAAGGUAUGAAGCUGAAGCUAGGAAUGGCAGAAGAAAAGCAUGCUUUGAAGGAGAUCAACACAAGAGAAAGCAUAACAAGCCUUGCCAAAGAGAAGGACAAACUAUUGUCUCUGUCUAUGGAAAGAGGGAGAUUGAUACAGGAGAAACAAGCGAAAAUCCAGCAGCUGGAGAGGAAAUGGAAAGAAGAGAAAAAAUCCCGGGCUGAAGCAGAGAAUAGGUUUGAACAGGAAGCAGAAGCAGUUAAUGCAGAUGUAAAAGUGAAGUCUCUCCAGUGUGCUCUUGAUGAAUCCACAGGAAAGUAUGAGAAGCUUAAAAAGGAUUUCGAAGCCUUCAGAGAACACAGCGCCAGUCUCCUUACACAAGAGAGAGAACUGAAUAAGAAACUUCGCCACAUGAUAGGCUAAACCUUAGUAUUAUGUAAGUGUUAUGUCUUCUUACCAAUGAGACAUGUUUUCAUUA